AUGGAGGAGGGAAGUAGCAGCCCGAGGAGGACAGGGGGGACCCGGGACACCACCGUGAACUCGUCCCCGGCCGUGGCAGCGCACGCGGAGGGGGAUGAGAUCGAGGUUUUGGAGAGCACAGACGUGGAGCCCGCCGCGUCAGAGGAGCAAUGGAAGUCUAUGUUUGACCAGUAUGACCCAGAGCGCUCGGGCUUCAUCAGCACGGAGCGGUUCAGGGACCUACUGGCCACUCACAGCUCCGAGAUUGACCCUCACAAACUGGAAAUCCUUUUGGCCCUCGCCGAUGGCAAUGGCAAGAUCUGCUACCAAGACUUUAUCAACUUGAUGACCAACAAACGCUCCAACAGUUUCCGGAGGGCCAUUCUUCAGGGCAGUCGGCAGCUGAAGGGCUGUAAUCUGAGGGACGAGGUGGGUCUGGGUCUGUCCCAGAGGCUCGUACGACACGUGGCCUACGAGACGCUGCCCCGCGAGGUCGACCGCAAGUGGUACUUCGACAGCUACACCUACUGCCCCCCGCCCUGGCUCAUACUGGCCAUCACCAUCGCAGAGGUAGCAGUCUUCAUGUAUUAUGGGUUCAAGCUGGACCGUCUGGUGCUGCAGGUGUCCAGCCCCUCGUUCCUGAAAAGUCCUUUACCGUAUCAUCCUCAGCUGAGAGCGCAGGCCUGGAGGUUCCUCAGCUACAUCUUCAUGCACACGGGGAUUGAGCACUUAAGCCUGAACAUGGCCAUGCAGCUCUUGGUGGGGGUCCCUUUGGAGAUGGUCCACGGAGCCACGAGGAUCGGGCUGGUCUACGUGUGCGGCGUGUUAGCAGGGUCGCUGGCCGUGUCCGUCACCGACAUGACGGCUCCGGUGGUGGGCUCGUCCGGUGGAGUCUACGCUCUUGUGUCGGCGCAUCUGGCUAAUGUCGUAAUGAACUGGUCGGGGAUGAAGUGUCAGUUCAAGUUAUUCCGCAUGGCCAUGGCUCUCGUGUGCAUGAGCGUCGAGUUCGGACGGGCCGUGUGGCUCCGGUUUUACCCUCCGGCGUUCCCUCCGUGCCCCAACCCGAGCUUCGUGGCCCACCUCGGAGGCGUGGUCGUGGGGUUGACUCUGGGUGUGGUUGUCCUUCACAAUUAUGAACAAAAACUCCAGGAGCAGUCGCUGUUCUGGAUCUUCUUCUGUGUCUACACUUUGUUUGUGCUGUGUGCCGUUUUCUGGAAUAUAUUUGCGUACAGUUUACUCGACGUGCGACUCCCCCCGCCGCCGUGA